CUUUAUAUCGACAUAUUUUACAUGUACAUCCUUGGUUUUUGUAUAUAAGGGUUUUGAUUUGAAUGUUUACUUCAAUAUAUGUUAAAUGCUACUUGUAUUUUGAUCAUAACAUUUCACAAAUAAGUGUUGACUAGCCAGAGGCAAUGUAAUACUUUAUGCUGAAUAAAUUUUUAUCUUCGUAAAAAUACCGUUCGUGAACUUACUUCAGUGAUAAAUUUGUUUUUCUGGAGUGAAGUAUUGUGUUAUAAGUUUGGUGCUGUUUGGAAUUACUGUUUGAUAUUCAGUAUAACUAUGUCUGUAUAUGAGGCAAGUAAAUGUACACACAACGGCAUGGUCAGCCAUUACUGUGACGAUGAGUACGCAUUUAUCUUUAAAGUUGUGCUGAUUGGAGACAGUGGUGUAGGAAAAUCCAAUCUUCUGUCAAGAUUUACUAGAAAUGAAUUCAACUUGGAAAGUAAGAGUACAAUUGGUGUCGAGUUUGCUACAAGGAGUAUACAAGUUGAUGGUAAAACAAUUAAAGCACAAAUUUGGGACACAGCAGGUCAAGAACGAUACAGGGCUAUCACUAGUGCAUAUUACAGAGGUGCAGUGGGUGCAUUGCUAGUCUACGAUAUCGCUAAACAUUUAACAUAUGAAAAUGUAGAACGCUGGUUGAAGGAAUUACGCGACCAUGCAGACAAUAAUAUUGUGAUAAUGUUGGUGGGCAACAAGAGUGAUCUUCGACAUCUACGUGCAGUUCCCACAGACGAGGCAAAGGCUUAUGCAGGUUAGCACUUUAUCUUUUGAUGUGUUUCAGU